GCGAGCCCAAAAUGGCGGCUCUCAGGCUGGCGCGCUCCGUGCUGCUGGCGCUUUGAGGUGGUCGCCAGGGGUCGGGGGGACGAUUUCCCCGCCGCGGGGGCCCUAGAGGAUGAAUCGAGGGCUCUGCUAAGGUUAGGCGGUGGGGGUGGAGAGAGUGGCAGAAGGGCUGCGGUGGAGUCCACGGAGCGGGAUGUGCGAGAGUUACUCCAGGUCGUUGUUGAGGGUCUCGGUGGCGCAGAUCUGCCAGGCGCUGGGCUGGGACUCGGUGCAACUCAGCGCCUGCCACCUCCUCACGGACGUGCUGCAGCGCUAUCUGCAGCAGUUGGGACGGGGCUGCCAUCGGUACUCUGAGCUGUAUGGCCGGACAGACCCAAUUUUGGAUGAUGUUGGUGAAGCUUUCCAGCUUAUGGGGGUCAGUCUUCAUGAACUAGAAGACUAUAUUCACAAUAUUGAACCUGUGACUUUCCCACAUCAAAUUCCUUCAUUUCCUGUUAGUAAGAACAAUGUCCUUCAGUUUCCUCAACCUGGAAGUAAAGAUGCAGAGGAAAGAAAAGAAUACAUUCCUGAUUACAUGCCACCCAUUGUGUCUUCGCAAGAAGAAGAAGAAGAGGAGCAGGUGCCCACUGACGGCGGCACGUCCGCAGAAGCCAUGCAGGUUCCCUUGGAAGGAGAUGAUGAACUGGAGGAGGAGGAAAUUAUUAAUGAUGAGAAUUUCUUGGGUAAGAGACCACUGGAUAGUCCUGAAGCUGAGGAAAUGCCUGCCAUCAAGCGACCACGGCUCUUAAGCACUAAGGGGGACACUCUGGACGUAGUAGUGUUGGAAGCGCGAGAACCCCUCAGCUCGAUAAAUACCCAGAAGAUUCCGCCGAUGCUCUCUCCGGUCCAUGCCCAGGACAGUGCAGACCUAGCCCCUCCGUCGCCGGAGCCACCGAUGUUGGCACCCGUCGCAAAAUCACAAAUGCCAAUCACAAAACCGUUAGAAACAAAGUCAUUUACACCGAAAACAAAGACUAAAACUAGUUCUCCGGGACAGAAGACUAAAUCACCGAAAACGACGCAGUCACCAGCAAUGGUCGGAAGUCCUAUUCGGUCACCAAAAACUAUAUCCAAAGAGAAGAAAUCUCCUGGUCGCUCCAAGAGCCCCAAAAGCCCCAAGAGUCCCAAGGUGAUGACUCAUACUCCCCAAGCACCUGUCAGACCGGAAACACCAAACAGGACUCCUUCAGCUAUGAUAAGUGAAAAACUGAGUAAAGACACCAUUCAGGUAAAACAGAUACAGACCCCGCCUGAUCCUGGGAAACUCAACAACGAGAACCAGCCGAAGAAGGCAGUUGUGACGGAUAGAACGAUCGAUGACUCUAUCAACGCCGUGAUUGCACGGGCUUGCGCCGAACGAGAGCCAGACCCUUUCGAAUUUUCUUCUGGAUCAGAAUCCGAAGGAGACAUUUUUACCAGCCCUAAGAGGAUUUCAGGUUCAGAAUGUACUACUCCAAAAGCUUCCACUUCCUCCAACAAUUUCACUAAGUCAGGAUCCACUCCUCUGCCUCUUUCAGGCGGAACUUCAAGUUCCGACAAUUCGUGGACAAUGGACGCGUCCAUUGAUGAGGUUGUGCGGAAAGCAAAAAUGGCAGCCCCUCCCACCAUGCCUCCCGCCUUUCCCUACAUCUCUUCUCCUUCGGUCUCUCCUCCUACCCCUGAACCGCUGCACAAGGUGUAUGAAGAGAAAACCAAGCUGCCUUCCUCCGUGGAAGUCAAAAAGAAGUUGAAAAAGGAACUGAAAACCAAAAUGAAGAAGAAAGAGAAGCAGAGAGAUAAGGAGAGGGAAAGAGACAAAAGCAAAGAGAAGAAUAAAGAGAAGGACAAGGGGAAAGAGAAAGAGAAGGAGAGCAGCAAGGAAACCAAGUAUCCCUGGAAGGAAUUUCUUAAAGAAGAAGAGCCAGAUCCCUAUAAGUUUAAAAUAAAAGAAUUUGAGGAUGUUGAUCCAAAAGUGAGAUUGAAAGACGGAAUAAUGAGGAAGGAGAGAGAGAAGCAUAAAGAUAAGAAGAAAGACAGAGACCGGGGCAGAAGGGAUAAAGAUAAGAGAGACCGGGAGAAGGUUAAAGAGAAGGGGCGGGACGAGAGGCCCAGGGCGGUCCCCGGGCCCCUAGUGCUGCCCCCGAAGGAUGCACCGCUGCCCUUGUUCAGCCCCACGGCGGCCGCCAGGGUCCCCACUGCGCUGCCCACUCUGUCAUCAGUGCUCCCUGAAAAACUGUUCGAAGACAAAGAGAAGCCCAAGGAGAAAGAACGGAAAAAGGACAAAAAAGAGAAGAAGAAAAAGAAGGAGAAAGAGAAGGAGAAGGAGAAGAAAGACAAAGAGAGGGAGAGAGAGAAGAGGGAGAGAGAGAAGAGAGAAAAAGAAAAGGACAAGCACAGGCAUGAAAAAAUCAAAGUGGAGCCAGUUGUCCCGGCCCCAAGUCCGGUCAUCCCCCGACUGACUCUCAGAGUUGGUGCCGGCCAAGACAAGAUCGUCAUCAGCAAAGUGGUCCCAGCCCCUGAAGCUAAGCCAGCCCCUUCGCUGAGUCGACCCAAGACCCCGCCACCCGCCGCAGCCCCCGCCCCUGUCCCCAUGCAUGUCGCCCCCGCGCCGCUGCCUUCACCGCUCCUCACACAGUCUGCCGUGGCCCCCGCUCUGAUGCCAGCCCCGUCCCCAGCGAUCUCGGGAGCUGGAACAUCCAAAGCGCCGGUCCGAAGUGUGGUCACGGAGACCGUCAGCACUUACGUGAUCCGAGAUGAGUGGGGGAAUCAGAUCUGGAUCUGCCCUGGAUGUAACAAGCCGGACGACGGGAGUCCCAUGAUCGGCUGUGACGACUGUGACGACUGGUAUCACUGGCCCUGUGUCGGAAUAAUGGCCGCACCGCCGGAGGAAAUGCAGUGGUUCUGCCCCAAGUGUGCCAACAAGAAGAAGGAUAAGAAGCACAAAAAGAGAAAGCACCGGGCACACUGACGUGUCCCGCGGCGGGGACGAGCGGCACCGAGUCGGAGGGGAGUUGGGGCCACCCUGGCAUCCCGCGUGUGCCCCACAUUCCCGCAGAGAGCAGGUCUCGGAAGCCCGAGGACGAGAACACACCGUCCACCCUGGACCGGGUCCCGAGACAGACCGGUCUGGGCGGCCCAGGCCGCGUGACAGCAGACGGACUCCAGGCGAGCCGUGGCUCAGGACCGCCACGCCCCCGCUUUUCUAUGACCAGUGACAAGUAUUAUUAAUAAACAGACCGUCAUCUUCCCUUCUGAUUUUGUUUAUUCUCUCCAGGGCCUUUUCGCUAAGGUGUUAGCUGAGAAGACAAUGUGUCAGCCGCCUCGACUGUCACUCCCGGACGCCGCUGGUCUGUACAGUCUGCAGCCCGUCCCCCCCCUCUAGUAAGAUAAUCACAAUGACAGAAAAGAAACUCCACUGGGAGUACCGGUAAAUAUUUUUGUGAUGAAAAUAUAUGAAGCUUCCCCGCCCCCACCGCCGUUUUUAGUACUAACAUGUAAAAUGUUCAGGCUUUUGUGAAAUACCUUCUAUUUUUUAAGAAAAAGGUUUCUAUCAUGUCCUGUUUGCUUUGGCGCAGAUUAUUUUUGUUGACUCACACGUGGUUUCUACGUCCGUGGCACCUGACCGUGGCGCUCCUCCCACGGCUUCUACAUGUCAUCAACUUGUAUAAAACCCCCUGUCCCCGACUAGAAGAUCUCCCCUCAUGUAAAUAAUAAAUAUUUAUGAAGUAGUUAUUUUUUAAAUUUUUAUCGUGUUUAAUUCUGGCUUUCUCUGAAAUCCACGGUGAUUUCAGCCACGUCUGUAAUUAACUGCUGUACAUACGCGAAGAAGGCUAGAAGCAGAGCCAUAGUUCCAAGUAACCUACCUAGAGCUGAGCCCGCGCUGGGCCCCGGAUGCCGUGGGGGAGAGGGCCCUCGCAGUCGGAAGGACAACAAGACAAUUUAAGUCUGUACUUUAUGAUUUGAAAUUGUUUUGUUAUCUCUUAAGUUUCUUUGACGUAACUUUUACUAAACGGACAUGUAGAUUCCCCAAAAGUAAAAAAAAAAAAAACAAAAACAAAAAAACAAAAACAAAAAACGAAAAAACAUAUAUACUGUAGCAUUUUGUGUUUAUAUUGUUUUAUUUCUGCAAAUCUGUUCAUUGAGAUUGUGGUUUAAGGCUGAAAUGAAGUAUAUUAUGAAUUUUUUUUUAAAGAAAACUCAUCAAAUUUCAGGGUAUCACAAAACUUUAUUAUAUUACUAUACUGCCCACUAUUUAUUAUAUGUUAUAGAUGUCUGAGAGAUAAACCAAAUAUUUUAUUUUUAAUGUAAAACAUCAAAUUUAACUUUAUUAGCAUAUUUUAGCAACUUUGGAAUAAAUAUGGACUUUUACUUGAUUUUGAAAUAAUCCCAAUUUGGGCCAGUGUAAUGGAUAUCUUGAAUGCUAGAAUAUGGGCUUUGAACCUAAUACAAAUAUAUUAAUAGAAAUUGUGAAUUUUUUUAAUGCCAAGUAAAUUGAUAUUAGUGUAUGAAUUAGUCAUAUUUUAAAACUUAUUAUGUGGUUAGAGAAAUGAGGUAUUCUGCCAUGAAUGUUAAAUUGCAAAUCAGUGGAAACGGAGCCGACCUUUUCAGGGUGCAGUAUUUCACUGCCCUCCUUGUUGUUCUAGAAGCCAAAAUGUUUCUGUCCCUACAAAGAAACAAAGCAUCUAUGUUGAGCUAUGUGUUUUUUGUUUUGUUUUGUUUAAUUCUUUGAGAUCAUCCUAAAUACUUUAUACAGUAUUUUCACAUGCACAGAUAUACCCAUUAGUGCUUUUUGGAGAGGGAUGGGGGGUGGGGAAGUGCAAAAUAAAGAUUAUUGGCUAUUUCA